CGGUAAGGUACAUAAGGUAGGCAAGUAGGAGGUACAUUGCGAGCUUGACGUUGAUGACCGGGGUGAGGUGCCGUUGAAUCGGGAGAACCCUGCUAGGAACAAUCGCACAGUGCACUCGACCCUCCCGUCGUAGCUUACAUCCAUGUAGCCUGGCCUGGCCCUGUAGUUCUACUUCUCAUCUUCACUUCAACGCUAGCACACACUACCCGCCGCUUCUUCUACCUGCGACAAUCAGAAUAUGCCCUUCUCGCAUCAUUCCCACUCGGGUCAGUUCUGCGGCCAUGCCACCAAUACUCUGGAAGAGGUCGUCCAGAAGGCCAUCAGCCAGGACAUGUCCACGCUCUGCAUGACGGAGCACAUGCCCCGGUCCAAGAUUGACUUUUAUCCCGAAGAAGUCGAAGUGCACACCGAGGCUACUCUCGCCACGCUAUUUGAUGAUUUCUAUCUCGAGGCACGUCGUCUGCAAAAGGCAUAUGCCGGACACAUUCAGCUUCUUGUGGGCUUCGAAAUAGAGUGGAUCCGGGACGCUUCUCUGCAGUCCAUCCAGGACUUGUUGCAGAAGUAUCCUGUUGACCUGUUCGUGGGCAGUGUGCAUCACCUUCAUACCAUUCCGAUCGACUUCGAUACCCCCAUGUAUCAUCAAGCGCGAGAUAUUGCAGGUGGUACUGACGAGCGCGUGUACGAGGAUUAUUUCGAUUCACAAUACGAAAUGCUCCAGGCGUUGAAGCCGCCCGUGGUCGGGCACUUCGACCUCAUCAGAUUGAAGAGCGAUGAACCUGACAGAAGCUUCCGUACGUGGCCAGGAGUCUGGAGCAGAAUUGAGCGUAAUCUCAGAUUCAUUGCUGGUUAUGGUGGUGUGGUGGAGCUCAACACGAGUGCCAUCAGAAAAGGAAUGGAUGAAGCGUAUCCGCAAAGCGAAAUCUGCAAAGAAUUCAGAGAUAUGGGCGGUCACUUCACACUCUCAUGUGACUCUCACGGAGUGGAGCAAGUGGGUCUCAACUACGCCAAGGCAUUGGAGAGGAAUAUUUCCCGAGCGGGCAUAACUGAGCUGUUCUAUCUGGCGCCCACGACUGAGAGGACGAAGGUGCAUGAUGAACGCUUCCCGAAUGUGUCUUGGCAAUGCUUGCCAAUCGAGACUCUCAAGGCACAUCAGUUCUUCCAGGCGCGGGCUCCUCACGCAGGGACCAGUCACGCGUGAAGUAUCGUGACAAGAUGGGUGACCACAGCAUGCCUAGGCUCGGCAGCCCUGCCAGCGUACCAUAGUGGCAUAGUCGACGGCGUGGACGUGAAAUCCGAGGUACAUAGUGGAUGGCUAUACUCGAUCGUCAGGGCCCUCCCGACGAGCGUCCGCAGCCCUUAGCCCUUACGCACCAUACCCCCACGCUCGCAAUCUCAACGACAAUCGCGCUCGCCGAACACUUUUGAUAGGUGUCGUAAUGUCGAUUUUUCGAUUCGCCCGUGCUCGCGGGCCGUUCACCGUCGGUCUUGGACGGGGGCCCUGGACACCAACCCAGCUGCACCAAAGUUUAUGGAGGCGACAGGUCACAACGGCCGGACAUAUACUGUACACUGGCAAACUUGCUCGCCCAGCUCACGCGAACAUUGAAUGACACCGUGUAUCCCGCAACCCAUGUCCCGCGUGCUUCCUUGUGGCGCGGCAUCACAAAUACGGACCACCUAUCCCUCGCCGAAGCCACCAGUCGCACGACGCUGCAUCCGCGGCGGAAGUCCUACUACUGUUCAACUCGACUUGAAACGCAACAAGCAGGAAUUUCGAAUACAAAGCCAAUGGAUUGGUAUCAUGGGGCUUCGCGGGAGAUAGGAUACCCAUGGGUAUAUCCAGAAUUCACGCCGUAAGUAGUCCGAAUCUCGGGCUGCUCUUUCUCCGCCUCAGAGACUCCCACUUGUCGACCUGGUUGCACCAACGC